GUUGCUAACAUUCCAGCAAGUGCGCGUCUAUGUGAACUAACGUUUAAGUAAACUUUGUGAAAUUUUCAACAACAGCUAGAUCUAGCUGGAUAACAAUUGUUAUUGUCCGUUAUAACGGACUAUCAACACUUUCAGAAUGCAGUUAAAGCAUAUGAAAACCCUUUUAACGCCCAUGGAUGGUGCAGCCAAAAUAUGUGCAAUAGCAUUUUCUCCCAACAAUCAGAAGUUAGCUGUGUGCACCUCAGACAGAGUGAUUUUACUGUUUGAUGAACAAGGAGAGAAGAGAGACAAAUUUUCUCUAAAACCAGCUGACUCCAAAUAUGGAAAAAAAAGCUACACAGUAAAAGGAUUAGCCUUUUCAAGUGAUUCAUCAAAAAUUGCAGUUGGCCAAACUGACAACAUUAUCUAUGUUUACAAGAUUGGUGAUGAAUGGGGAGAGAAGAAAGUGAUUUGUAACAAAUUCGUACAGCAGAGUGCAGUGACUUGUUUGAUUUGGCCACCAGACCAACUGAUUAUUUGUGGUCUGGCUGAUGGAAAGGUACGUUCAGCAAACAUUCGAACCAACAAAUCAGCAACAGUAUAUGGCACAGAAUCUUAUGUUGUUUCCCUGGCCUGCAACCCAUCUGGAAAAGGAAUCCUUUCAGGACAUGCUGAUGGCUCAAUUAUUCGUUACUUCUUUGAUGAUGAGGGAACGGGUGAUUCUCAGGGUAAAAUUGCCACCCACCCCUCUCCACCAUAUGCUUUAGCAUUUUCCCAGAAUGCAAUAGUGGCAGCAGGCUGUGACAAACGUAUCAUAUCAUAUGGCAGAGAUGGGCGAAGUUUUCAACAUUUUGACUUCAGCAGGGACUAUGAUGAGCAUGAGUUUACUGUGGCUGUGUGCUCACCCAGUGGCCAGAAUGUUGUCAUUGGGAGUUUUGACAAAUUGAGAGUACUGAAUUGGAGUCCUCGUCGACAAGUGUGGGAAGAGCCAAAGUUGAAAGAAAUCCCAAAUUUAUACACUGUUACAGCUCUGUCUUGGAAGAAAGAUGGAUCCAGAGUUGUUGUGGGUACUCUCUGUGGUGGCAUUGAAAUAUUUGACUGCUGUUUGAAGAGGACGUUGUAUAAAAACAAAUUUGAAAUCACCCAUGUGGGAGCAAGUCAAGCCAUUGUGAGGAACUUGUCCAACAACACCAAAGUCAUGCUCAAGUCUCACUAUGGUUAUGAGAUUGAUGAAGUCAGGAUUAUGGGUAAAGACCGCUAUCUGGUGGCUCACACAUCUGACACACUUCUGCUGGGCGACAUGAUGACAUCCAAACUGAGUGAAGUCCCUUGGCAAGGCUCAGGAAGUGAGAAGUACUACUUUGAUAAUGAAAAUGUCUGCAUGAUUUUCAAUGCUGGAGAGCUGGCUUUGAUAGAGUAUGGUGCUAAUGAGGUGCUAGGGUGUGUCCGCACAGAGUUCAUGAACCCUCAUCUCAUCAGCGUCAGACUGAAUGAGAGAAAACAGAAAGGUGUCCAAGACAACAAGAAAAUGGCUUACUUGCUGGAUUUAAAAACAGUUGCAAUAAUUGACAUAGGAACUGGACUAAAUAUAGCACAAGUUAGCCAUGACAGCAGGAUUGAUUGGCUUGAGCUGAAUGAGACUGGAAGAAAGUUGUUGUACAGGGAUAACAAGCUUAAGUUACAUCUGUAUGACAUUGACACACAGCAAAAAAACAGUAUUUUGAAUUACUGCACCUAUGUGCAGUGGGUCCCAGGCAGUGAUGUUGUGGUGGGUCAGAACAGAGGCAACCUGUGUGUGUGGUACAAUAUUGAGUCACCUGAGAGGGUCACUAUGGUCCCUAUCAAAGGAGAUGUAGUAGAUCUAGAGAGGAAGGAGGGGAGAACAGAUGUCCUCGUCAGUGAAGGUGUGAACACAGUGGCCUACACUCUGGAUGAAGGACUCAUUGAAUUUGGUACUGCUAUUGAUGACGGAGAUUAUGCUAGAGCUGUUGCCUUCCUGGAAACCCUGGAGAUGUCUCCUGAGACUGAGGCCAUGUGGAAAACACUGAGCAAGAUGGCGCUUGAAGAAAGACAGCUUCACAUUGCUGAGAGAUGCUAUGCUGCACUGGGCAAUGUUGCAAAAGCCAGAUAUCUGAAGGAGACAUUGAGGAUUGCUGAGGAUGUUUCCAGACAAGUGGGAGGCGAUGGCAUUCAGCAUUAUAAAGUCAGAGCAAGACUUGCAAUCUCAGAGAAAAAGUUUAAAGAAGCUGAGUACAUUUACUUGGAAGGAAAUCAUGUGAAUGAAGCCAUUGAGAUGUACCAGGAGAUGCACAUGUGGGAUGAGGCUAUUGAGGUGGCUGAUGUUAAGAGCCACCCAGAGCUUGAGACCCUCAAGAAGAGUUACAACCAAUGGCUGAUGGAGACUGGGCAGGAAGAAAGGGCAGGGGAGCUGAAGGAACGUGAAGGAGACUACAUGGCAGCCAUUAAUCUUUAUAUGAAGUCUGGACUGCCUGCAAGAGCUGCGCGAUUAGCUUCUAGUCGGGAGGAACUAAUGACCAACUCAGACCUGAUAGCCAGGAUUGCAGGCGCCCUCAUCAAGUCAGAACUUUUUGAUCGGGCCGGGGACUUAUAUGAGAAAAUUAGAGACUACCAAAGAGCUAUGGACUGCUUCAAGAAGGGGAAGGAGUUUAGACGAGCCAUUGAUUUGGCACGUCAUGCCUUUCCCAGUGAAGUUGUGAAACUGGAGGAAGAGUUCGGAGACUACCUCGUGCAACAGAAACAGCUGGAUGCUGCCAUUAAUCAUUUCAUUGAGGCUGGUGCGACAACAAAAGCUGUGGAGGCCGCCAUCAACUCUAGACAGUGGGCCAAGGCUGUACAGAUACUGGAGAUACAGGACUCGUCUAUGGCAGCCAGAUACUACAAGAAGAUUGGGGAACAUUACGCCUCUAUAGGAGAGUAUCAGAUGGCUGAGAAGUUUUUUGUGGAGGCGGGCUGCACUAGAGAGGCUGUGGACAUGUACAACAAGGCCGGCCAAUGGGAGCAGGCACACAAGUUGGCUGCUAGUUACAUGAAAGGAGAAGAUGUAUCAAACCUGUACAUUGCCCAAGCCAAACAGCUGGAGGAUGAAGGGAAGUUCAGAGAGGCUGAGAGGUUGUAUGUGGCAGUCGAAGAACCAGACCUGGCCAUCACUAUGUACAAGAAACAGAGAAUGUAUGGCGACAUGAUCCGACUGGUUAAAGCUCACCAUGAAAGUCUAGUCCCAGACACCCACCUUCAUUUAGCCAAGGAACUUGAAAGUGAAGGAAACUUCCGGCAAGCUGAACAUCAUUUCCUGGAGGGGGGAGACUGGAAGGCUUCAGUCAACAUGUACAGGGCACAGGAUAUGUGGGACGAGGCUUAUAGAGUGGCGAAGGCUCAAGGUGGACAGCAAGCAGCCAAACAAGUGGCCUACCUGUGGGCUAAAAGUUUAGGAGGGGAUUCUGCUGUCAAACUUCUCAACAAAUUUGGCUUGCUUGAGGCUGCUAUAGAUUACGCUGCAGAAAACUGUGCCUUUGACUUUGCCUUUGAACUGUGUACCAUUGCUAUGAAAGAGAAACUGCCUGAUGUUCACCUGAAGCAUGCCAUGUAUCUAGAAGAUGAGGGGAAGUUUAUGGAAGCUGAACAAGAGUUUAUCAAGGCACAUAGACCAAAAGAAGCUGUACUCAUGUAUGUUCACAAUCAAGACUGGGACUCUGCCCAGCGUGUGGCGGAGUCACAUGACCCUGACUCUGUGGCUGACGUUUUGGUUGGACAAGCUCGGUUUGCUUUUGAGGAAAAAGAUUUUGCUAAAGCUGAGUCGUAUUUGCUGCGAGCCCAGAGGCCGGAGUUGGCUGUCAAGUUCUACAAGGACUGUGGGAUGUGGCAAGAUGCUCUACGUGUGUGUAAGGAAUAUUUGCCUCACAAGUUGCAGCAGCUGCAAGAUGAAUAUGACAGGGAGGCGGUCACACGCUCUGGCAAAGGGGCGGAGGCCAUUGUCAGACAGGCUAGGGAGUGGGAGGCCUCAGGUGAACAUCAGAGGGCUGUAGAGUGUUACCUGAAGGUCACACCUGACACAGUGCCAGACCUGAAGAUUGUUGAGAAAUGUCUGAUGAAGGCUGGUGACAUUGCCAUCAAGUUUCUUGACAACCAAAAAGCUCAAAUGGUGGUAGAGGUUGUAGGACCUCGUUUGGCAGAGAUCAAGUGCCAUGCCUCUGCAGCUGAACUGUUUCUAAGUAUAGACAUGGUGAAAGAAGGAGUAGAUAUGUUGAUAACUGCUGGAGACUGGAAUAAGGCUAAAAAAGUGGCCAAAGAAAUGGACCCUAGAUUUGAAAGUUAUGUGGAUGAAAAGUACAAAGAAUUCUGCCGUAAUCAAGGAAAAGCUGAUGAUCUGGUGACAGUGGACAUCAUUGGGGCACUGGACAUGUUUGCAGAGAAAGGAGAGUGGACCAAAUGUAUCCAGACAGCUGAACAACAAAAGAACCCCAAGAUUCUCCAUAAAUAUAUUGCACUGUAUGCUACCCACCUCAUCAAGAACAACAACUCUUUAGCUGCCCUUGACCUUUUUGCUAAACAUGGAACACCUGCCAACUCACAGAACUACAACAUAUACAAAAGGAUAUUUACAGAUAUUCUAGUUAAAAGGGAGAUGAGUAAGCCUGAAGCAUACAGGUCUUGGGCAGAGUUAAGGGACAUGCUGUAUGAUUUAUGUGAAAACAUCAGCAAGACAUCCGAGGCCAAUGGGCCGUACCACGAGGAGUUUGAGAAGAUGCUGCUCAUCUCUCACUACUACGCUGUGCGGUGUGCAGCCCAGGCCCAGCCCUCGCUGGAGAGCAUCGCAGGCAAGCUGUCAGUCUCCCUGCUGCGUCACACUGACGUUGUUCCUGCUGAUAAGGCUUUCUAUGAGGCAGGAAUGAUGUGUAAGUCUCUAGGAUGGGAGAACAUGGCCUUUGUUUUCCUCAACAGAUACCUGGACAUCAGUGAGGCCAUGGAAGAAGGAACACUGGACAUGCUGGACCACAGUGACUUCCAGGAAACAGACAUUCCAUUUGAGAUCCCAAUUCCAGAGAAAGCUUACCUCACUAGCCAGCAACACGAGGAGGUGAAAGAAUGGGUGCUGGCUGUGUCUAUGGACAGGAAAGUGGAGCAAAUCCUUCCUAAAGAUGAGAGGGGGACAUAUGAGGCUUCUCUGGUUGCCAUGGAUACAGGCAUAAGGUCUAUGCCCUGCGUCGUUACAGGUUACCCUGUGUUGAGGAACAAACUGGAGUUCAAGAACCCAAACAAAGUAGCCAACAAAGAAGACUGGAACAAGCUCCUCAUGGCCACCAAGGUGUCCCACAGCCCAGAACUACAAGACACCCUCAAGUUUAUUGGCAACUGGUGCGGGGCCACACCCAACCCAAACUUUUCAUUCCAGUAGGGGGCCACACCCAACCCAAACUUGUCAUUCCAGUAGUCCAUUCAACCCACCCAUUCCCUCCAGUAGCCCCAUAAAGGUGGCCACUACAUUGUAAAUUACUUGUACAAGUCAAACAUCUGUGAUAAAAUAUCCGUCCCUCUCCAAUAUUGUUAUAAAAAAUUUAUAUUGUUUAAUGUUCUCUAACUGUUGGAUUCACCAUUUGAAUGUCACGUUACCCUAAACCAGCCACAGAACAGAUUCUUGUCUAAAGGUUAAUGAGAAUAGUUUUGUUGAAACAUUGCUUUGGAAACGUUUUUUAUGUUUGUACAUUUAUUUAAUAAACUUGAAA